CCUCAACUUCUCCCCCCUCCCCUUAACUCUUACUUUAAGCCAUCUUUUCUAUCCUCUUAAAUUCCUUAAUAUUUCUUUUAAGAGCAUAAUUAAAUCUAAAACAACUUUAACCUAUCCCUGGCAGUUAAUUUAAAGCAGUGUUAGUUAUACACUUAAUGGUGAUGAUCGGGAAAAAGAUAUAGUAGUCAGGGACUUAAAGACUCAUUAGAAUGAAGGAGAAUAGUCGAAAACAAGGUGCAGCUUCCCCAUGUGCUGCAUGCAAGCUUCUCAGGAGGAGGUGUGCUAAGGAUUGUGUUUUUGCGCCUUAUUUUCCAGCUGAUGAACCGCAAAAGUUUGCAAGUGUUCAUAAGGUUUUUGGUGCAAGCAAUGUUAACAAGAUGCUUCAGGAGCUGCCGGAGCAUCAGCGGGGCGAUGCGGUUAGUUCCAUGGUAUAUGAAGCAAAUGCAAGAGUGAGAGAUCCUGUAUAUGGUUGUGUGGGAGCAAUAUCAUCCUUACAGCAGCAAAUAGAUGUUCUUCAAACUCAACUGGCACUUGCACAAGCUGAAGUGGUGCAGAUGAGAAUGAGACAGUUCUCUUCGAUUUCGCCCGGCACUGCGACCAAUUCACCUGAUCACAACAACAUUACAUCUCCUUCGUCAUCCCGGCACACACAAUCUCAUCAUGAUCGUACGUCCCUUUUUGCAAUGGGGAUGGUAAUAGAUCAUCAGGCCAGCAUGGGAGAGUCCUUGUGGUCAUGUUAGAAAAGUUAGUAGCAUGGCAAGCCAUGCCUUGUCUGCCUGGCUUUUAUUUAGUCUAAUGAUUCUACCAUGGUCUUUCCCUUUAUUGCCUGGCUUUAUCAUGGUCACUUUUCUUGUUGGGGUUUUCUUUUGUGGGCCUGUUUUACUUACAUUACAUAGAAUUACCUAUAGCAAAUUAGAUGAUGAUGAUUAAUGAUUAUAAGUGACUAUAUUGUAAAUUUAUACACAUACCUUUUGUGAGUAAUUAAAGAGUUAUCUAUGUGUAGUUGACUAUUUAAGUAAAA